UGCCCUCCUCCAAGCUAGAUCAAAUGCAUCGAGACCUCAUGUUAUGUACCAGGGAAAUAUUAAUACUACAUCGCAUAGAGGCUCCCAAAGUCCUGCUUGGGAGGCUAUAAAUGCCUGACCAAGACACCUGCAUGGUUCUCUACGCGACACACCAUCACUGCUACUCCUCCCCACCGGCAAGCUUUCGCUGCAGACAGGAACCUAACACACACUCCUUGGCUCCGCUAACUCUUUCUUUCCUCCAGCAGAAGAAUGGCCAUGAAUCAUCUCUCCCAAGAGCACCCCCAGGCCUGGCCCUGGGGUGUGGCCAUGUACACAAACCUACACUACCAACACCACUACGAGAAGGAGCACCUGUUCGAGAAGCCCCUGACGCCGAGCGACGUGGGCAAGCUCAACAGGCUGGUGAUCCCCAAGCAGCAUGCCGAAAGGUACUUCCCUCUCAGUGGCGACUCUGGUGAGAAAGGCCUUAUCUUGUCCUUCGAGGACGAGGCUGGCAAGCCAUGGCGGUUUCGGUACUCGUAUUGGACGAGCAGCCAGAGCUACGUGCUCACCAAGGGCUGGAGCCGGUACGUCAAGGAGAAGCAACUUGACGCUGGCGACGUGGUGCACUUCGAGAGGAUGCGUAGUUUUGGCAUGGGUGACCGCCUAUUCAUCAGCUACAGGCGUCAUGGUGAGAGUGCAACGGUGGCUGCGGCACCGCCGCCGCCGCCGCCGCCGCCUGCCGUGCGCGUGGUGGCACCUGCGCAGAGCACUGGCGGCGGAGAGCAGCAGCCUUGGAGCCCAAUGUGCUACAGCACAUCAGGCUCAUACCCAACCAGCCCGGCAAAUUCCCAUGCCUACCGUCACUCAGUGGACCAUGACCAUAGCAACAUGCAACAUGCAGGAGAAUCUCAAUCGGACAGAGACAACAGGAGUUGCAGUGCAGCUUCAGCACCGUCGUCACGGCAGCUCCGGCUGUUCGGCGUGAACCUUGACUGCGGUCCAGGACCGGAGCUGGAGCCAGAGACACCAACGGCAAUGUAUGGCUACAUGCACCAAAGCCCCUACACUUCCAAUAACUGGAGUAGUCCAUAACAACAUGAUGAGCAGAUUUAAGACUAUGCUUGCAGAAUCCAAACAACAAAAGUAGUUGCUAGCAGCAGCCUAGUACUACUUGCACAAAGUGACAGGUUUGAAUUGACCUGUGCAAGGAAAAGGAAGGAAGUGGAGAGAUCCCUUGUUUCCCGGGCAAUCUUCCUUCCAUCCCCAGAAUGCUGCCUUUUGCUGUUCUGUUUUUAUUUUUUUUCCAUGGCUUCCAGAAACCCUACUUACUGUACGGGAUCUGGCAAGCAGGCAUGCGUGGGAGGUUUCAGGAAACAUCAAGUUGUGAGGGAGAUCAAAGGAGACAGACAGAGAUGUGUAUGUAUGUGUCAUCUGUACCUAUGUCUAUGUGGGUCCAAUAGAGUACAAACUGUGAAGUUGAUGUGCCUGCCUCCUGAAGAAACAAUGAAAUAUCCCCAUGGGGAUUUUGUUCC